CAUGGAUGAACGUUAAUAGAUGGAAUAACUUAACCUCGAUCGAUGAACAAUACAAGAGAAUCAAGGUAAUGUUCUUGUUCGGCUCCUACACUGAUAGCGGUGAUUUUGACCAGGAGUUUUACGACGAGCUUAAAGAACACGACGAUAUGUACAUGAUAUCCAAUCUUAGAGAACACAAGACCGCUCUCAAAUACAAGGUACUCUGGGGCACCAAGCAGGCGCUCCACCACUACGACUUUGACUACAUCGUCAAAACGGACGACGACAUCGUCGUCAACCUGCCCGUCCUGAUCACAGACCUGAUAGCUCUACCACGUGACCGCUACUACACCGGCAACUGUAACAUGAAGUACGGAGACUUCAAUGGUUACCCUAAAUGGAAAUACUGCUCCGGAGGAGGAUACGUGUUUUCACGUGAUGUGGCCAGCAAGUUUCAGGAGUUACCUAGCUCUGUUCACCAGGUACCCUUCAGACCGGAGGACGCGUACACGGGGUAUCUGGUAAACAGACUGAGAGAGCUGCUGGGGUACAAGGUCCAAAUUGUGCCUAAUCCCAAACUUAAAGUUUAUGGUUACAAGUGUGGGCCUUUUGUGGGUUGGUUUUACCAUUCUUAUAGCACGGCUAAGAAACACGAGGUACUGCACGAGAAGAUAAGGACAGAUGUGUGGGUGCCCUGCAGUGAGCCCAAGGGUUAA